AUGGAAUACACAGAUCAAAAGUCACUCACCAUUCACUUCGUAUCCGCCACCGACUCGCCCGAGUUCACUCACCUCAGCUGGGCUCUGACUCGCUCCUCCGUCAUCGGACUCGACGCCGAAUGGAAGCCAAUUCACAUCCAUCAAGACACUUUUCCCCCCGUCUCUCUCCUCCAAAUCGCUUGCCGAGUUGUCGGCAACUGCGAUUCUACUGCCCAGCAGAACGAGUCAUUGGUCUUCCUUCUUGACCUCUCGACAAUUCAUUUGCCUUCAAUAUACGAGCUAUUGAAGGAUAUGUUUGUGUCGCCUCAUAUUCUCAAAUUAGGGUUUAGAUUUAAACAAGAUUUGGUUUACUUGUCUUCUACUUUCUGCUCUCAAGGCUGCGAUCCUGGAUUUGAUAGG